CAGGGCUGAGCCUGGUCAGUACCUGGAUGGGAGACCUCCUGGGAAAACUAGGUUGCUGUUGGAAGAGGUGUUAGUGAGGCCAGCAGGGGGUGCUCACCCUGCAGUCUGUGUGGGUCCUAAUGCCCCAGUAUAGUGACGGGGACACUAUACUGUAAAAAAAGCACCGUCUUUCGGAUGAGACGUUAAACCGAGGUCCUGACUCUCUGUGGUCAUUAAAAAUCCCAUGACACUCAUCGUAAAGAGUAGGGCUGUAACCCCGGUGUCCUGGCCAAAUUCCCUCCACUGGCCCUUGUCUAUCAUGGCUUCCCAAUAAUCCCCAUCCACUUGAUUGGCUCUAUGACACUCUCUCCUCUCCACCUGUAGCUGGUGUGUGGUGAGCGCACUGGCGCCGUUGUCCUGUGGCUGCCGUCGCAUCAUCCAAGUGGAUGCUGCACACUGGUGGUGGUUGAGGAGAGACCCCCCACAUGAUUGUAAAGCGCUUUGGGUGUAUUGCAAUACACAUUAAAGCGCUAUAUAAAUGCCUCAUUCAUUCAUUCAUUCACUGUUCUCUGCAGUACAAUGCAGUGGUCAUUCCCUGAUUGGUGAGCAUUUCUCCAACACAAGGCAUUUUUUUCACCAAUUCAACCGAUUUGUACAUAGUAAAAUAGUUUCGCAGUGAAGCGUCAUGGCUUCAAAUUAUGAUUUUUUGCGGAGAAUAUUUUUCAGACCAUCAGCGAAUACCAACAAACAAUUUGUUCAUUGGUUGAUGCAAAAAGGGUUAUUGCGGAAAUUCAUGUACUGCCCAUCAUGCCACCACAUCAUGAAAUUCAGGGGCUUCUACAACAAAAAGGAAGCGGCAUGGGUGUGUCGAGAUAAAUGCCACAGUAAAUCAUACAGCAAGAGCAUCCGAAGUGGCUCAAUAUUUUCCAAGUCUCAUCUCAGCCUCCAGACAUGGAUGCAUUUUAUUUACAGAUUUUCACAAGGACUCAGGUUGAGGCAAGUGGACCUGUUACAGGAAGGCAUCACUGGAAGCUCUUCCACACUGACUAAACUCGCUUAUCGUCUGCGUGGAGUCUGCAAAUCUGCAAUUAAAAGAAUGAAGAGAAGAGGUGACCUGAAAAUUGGAAAAAGACACGAAAUAGUUUUCAUUGAUGAGAGCAAAUUUGGCCACAAAAGAAAGUACAACCGAGGAAGACAGAGCAACAGGGCAUCGUGGGUGUUUGGAAUGCUUGGGGUCAAAGAGGAGUGCAGAAGACCCAUUCUGAGAGUUGUCAAUCAGCGUUCAACUCAACACCUAAUGCCAAUUCUCCAGAAGCAUGUUAGACAAGGAAGCACUGUUGUGUCAGAUGGGUGGAGAGCCUAUAACUGUCUCAGAGAUGCUGGAUAUAACCAUCUAACUGUGAACCAUAAAGAGGUAUUUGUUGAUCCUCAGACAGGUGCUCACACACAAAACAUUGAGAGAUUCUGGGGAGUCUGCAAGUCAACAGUGUGGAGAUUUAGGGGGAACCGCACAGAAAGCAGGCUCAAAGACCACUUAAAAGUAAUCGAGUGGACCUACUGGCGUGGUGACAAACAUAAAAAUGGUCCCCUGGGUAUGAUUUUGCAUGACAUUAGAAGGAAAUAUCCUGUGUGAAAAAAUGCAGAUGUUUGGUUUAUUCAUUGACCAUCAUCAUUUCUGUUAAAAGCAAAUGUGUCAAUUACAUGUUUGAAAAUUAACUGUCUCAUUUGUAAGAUGUGUCUCUUUUGUAGUUUGUUCUCUUGUUGAACCCUAAAACAAUAAAGACAUAAUUCUUCACUGCAAUAUUUCAUGUCUCUUUUCUUAUUGGAAAACAGCAAAUGCUUACUUUAGAAUA